AUCGUGUACUCAACAACAGUUAAAACGAAGUCCCGAGGCCCCUAUGGCCAAACAGUUACGUUGCAUCCUCUCUAUUGCGUAAAAUUAAUCCGAUUUAAGUGACCUCGACGCGACAUAACCUAACAACUUUGUCUGCUGACAAUUCCGGACGACCACAAUACGGAUCGUGUCUAUGUUUACUCAGUUCUGUUAGAAACACACGUAUGAAAUUACGGCUCGAACGUUUGGAAUGCGUCAGCAAUGGUGUGUUAAGACAUCAAACUUCCUAACAAUUGUGGCCUAAACACUUGAAGGAAUUUGAUAAAUCAGGAAGAUGAAUAAUCAAGCAUUCAGUUUAGCAGAAAGACUUAUUCCUGCAACUUAUGUGCAACAAGGUUUGAAUGCAAAAAAGACAAGAGAAAAUCUUAUAAGACAUUUCAUUGAACAUCAAAAGUGGCCAGAAGAAGGAUGGGACGAUGCAACCAUUGAAGCUUUCCUCUCAGAUCUAUCACAAAUGGAUAGCAACAACUUUCCUUCUAACUGCAGUGUAGGAGAACGUGAAGCAAGAAUUGUAUCAAACAUUGUAGCAAGGCGACAUUUUCGAAUGGGUCAUGGGAUAGGUAGAUCAAGUGAUUUAGAAGAAGUACAACCAAAAGCUGCAGGAAGUAGCCUAAUGUAUAAAUUAACAAAUGCUUUAGUACUUGAAGUUAUUCGAUAUAUGGGUGUAAAAAGUAUAGCAGGUUGUUUUCUAUCACCAAUGGCUACAGGCAUGAGUUUGGUGUUAUGUAUGCUAACAUUUAAGCAAGAUAGACCUAGAGCAAAGUAUGUGUUGUGGCCUAGAAUUGAUCAAAAGUCAAGCUUCAAAUCAAUAAUCACAGCUGGAUUAGAACCAAUUGUUAUUGAAACAAAAAUAGUUGGAGAUGAAUUGAAAACAGACAUGCAGAGACUGGAAUCUCAAAUGGCAGCUUUAGGUGAAAGUGUUGCUUGUGUACUAACAACAACUAGUUGUUUUGCACCUAGAGCAUGUGAUUCUAUUGAUUCAAUUGCAGCACUUUGUACACAAUAUAACAUUCCUCAUUUAGUAAACAAUGCCUAUGGCUUACAGAGCACAAGAUGUAUGCAUCUUAUACAAGAAGCGUCACGGAAAGGUCGCGUCGAUGCUUUCGUUCAAAGCACAGAUAAAAACUUUUUAGUACCAGUAGGUGGUGCAAUUAUUGGUUCGUUCGACAAGAAUCUUUUGGAUCGCAUAUCAAAAAUGUAUCCUGGUCGGGCAAGCGCAAGUUCUAUAAUGGAUGUAAUGAUAACGUUGCUUAGUUUGGGGAUGGCGGGAUACAAGCAAUUAAUAACGCAACGUAAAGAAAUGUAUUCAUAUUUAAAAGAAGAGCUCGGUAAAUUAGCAGCAAGACACGAUGAAAGAUUAUUAGAUACCAAAGGAAAUCCUAUAUCAAUGGGAAUGACUCUUCAAUGUCUAAGUCAUCAACAUGAUAACAAACAGGUUACAAUGUUAGGCUCAAUAUUAUUCCUUCGCAAUGUUAGCGGUACAAGAGUAAUAACAACAACAGAAUCUAAACAUAUUGUUUCACACAAGUUUGAAGGUUGGGGAGCACAUAAUAGUAAUUACCCAGUACCAUAUUUGACUGCUGCCGCCGCUUUAGGUAUGAAGCGAUCAGAUGUGGAUAUAUUUGUACAACGAUUAGAUAAAGCUUUCACUAAAGUAAGGAGGCGUUCAGCUCCAGUCACACCAACAGCAUCUCUUGCCGGAUCUAGUAUUAAUGGAGAUGCAGGAGGUACUGGAGGUCCUGGAGAAUCAAGCACACCUUCAACUAGCCGAGCAAGUAGUAAAGAUAGUUUGAGAAAAUGAACCGUAAUCAACGCAACUGGCCAGUCGAACCAGUACAUUAAUUUGUAAGUAAAUUAUUACUUACAUACUUACAAUUGCAUACCUCUAAAGAACAAUUUCAACAUCUAAGAAAAAUACUUACACUUUAUUUCAAAUAAUUAUAUUUUUAUGAUUUGUUUAUUUAAAGCUCGUUCGUUCUAUGUUUGAAAUUACUUUUUAACUAAUUGAAAUAUUUAACAAAAUAUUUCAUUUUAUUGAUUUAUUAAGAGCUUACAGUUUAUUAGAACAAAAGUACGUUUCAAGGAGGUAUGUAAUAAGAAAAUGUGCUGAUUCGUCUGUCCACUUGCGUUGUAAUAUCGUUAAUUGCUACGAAGUAAAGAAAAGGAGUUCCAUACAAACCACAUUAAUACCUAAACUGACUAAUAUCGGAACUGAUAUUUGAGAAGAAAAGAGAAAUGUUGGAAUAUAUAUUUAAAGAUAUUAACUGGUAAGCGCUGGCAGCAGAACUAUCUGUUACAUUUAUUCUAUGUUGUAAUAUUUUUGCAGUUUUAAAGCAAGGUAUACGCAUUAUUUCGAUUGUAAAUUAUUUAAUUUAUAUUCUUUUCACUUAAUUAGUCAGUAAUUUAUUUUGACUCAUAAUAAUAUAUGAAAUUUAUUUUUAUUUAGAAAUAACAUAAUUCUAUUGAUGGUUAUAGUAAAAAGGCGUGUUACUACUUGUAAAGAGAAGUUUAUAGUAGAUACAGUAUUUGCUUAAUCACAUGUUAUAGAAAGUGUAUACAAAAAUUAGGGGCACUAUACAUGAAAAAAUAUAUUUCAAAUUCUGUAUAAAUGAAUUCAGUGGUUUUAAUUUUCAUGUUACUUGUUUUUCACUUUAUAAAUAUUUAGUUAUUACGAAGACACGUAAUUAUGAACAUAUGUUCACUUUUUUAGUGAUUGUUGUAACAAGUAAUUUAAUUCAAUAUUUAGUUGCAAUUUGAUUUGAAUUAAGUCAUUGUUUUUUUCUUUACAAAUGCAAAUAUAUAAAAAGAGCUGCACAAGUUUGGAUGAAGUAUUGUAUUAAUAUUGAACCAUUUUUUCUAGAUGUAUAUACAGAUUUCUGAGUACAUCUAAGUAUAUACAAUCAUUUGUGUACACAUAAUCAAAAAGUCACAAUUUUUAAAGAUUCACCUUUAAAUAAAUCAAUAUAAAUAUCUCAUUUUUUCAUAUAUUAUCAUUUAUGACUAUAAACAUUACACAGUAAUCAUAUUAUAUUUAUGUUAUAUUCUUUUCUUUUUAUUUCAAUUCUUAUUUAAGUAAAAUUAAACUAUUUAGACUUUCUUCGCAUAACAUUAAUGUAUACGUAUUCAAAUUGCUCAAAGAAAGCAAUACGAUGUAUCAGCGUAUGAUGUAUGUAUUAUUAUUUUCCAUAAAAAAUGCUGUUGGAAAAAAUGAAAGCACGAUUUAUAUUAUAUUUCAUGUAUGAUUUAAAUAUAUAAAUAGAUAAUUUCUAAAUUAGUAAAAUGUAGCAGAAUUUUUAUUCACGGUGAAUCACAUGUUAUUGUAGAAUGUAUGAUCGUUAUAACAUUAAAAAAACGUAGUAAAAACGAUAAAAAACGUAGAAUAGUACAUGAUACUGUACUGUAUGCUAAUGAAAUUUCACUAUGCAAACAAAUGUUUUAUAUAUCAUAGUUCAUUUAUUUAUUAAUGUAGAUAGACCAGUGUAUUGGAUUAAUUUUGUAGAUUAUAAUUUAAUAUAAGGAAAGAUCAUCUCACAUCCAUAUAUAAUACAUGUUUUUUUUACAUGAAACAACGAUCUUUAUGGUCUUAUUUCAUUAAUGUUUUUUUAUUCUUUUUGUAAUUUAUAUACUCUAAUUCCAAUCAAUACCAAUGUAUACAAUAGAUGGUUUGUCUAUUUGGAAAAGAAUGUCUUAUAAGAAGAAGUAUUAUACAAUAAAAUGGCAUAAAAUUUAUUAAGUGAGGUCCACCUGUUACAUUCCUAAGUUUAUUGCAGUUAAUGUAUACUAUCGGCUGUGAAUAUAUUUUACUGAAUAUAUGUUA